AUGAAUGCCGAUGCCGGGAUGUUAAAUCAAGAAAACGGUGACAUGAUGGCAAAACAAACAAACAGAACACUAGACCUUGCCAACGAGAUACCAACUGUACAAAAGAACACAGGCAAAUAUCUAGGAGAAACAACAGAAUAUUUCGAUGAUGACAAAGUCUAUCAAAUCAAAGUGAAAAUGACCAUCCAUCACAACCCAGGAGAAGGACACAAACUCAUACAUACGAAUCUGAUAGUCAUAAGCAUGAAAGAAGAAAAAUCAGUACAAAUAACGAGCGACAGGAAGAAUGACAAGAGCAUAAGCUGCAGCAAUACCCCUUUAGAAGCCCCGAACUCAGAGAAAAUGACGACCAGCCACCCAAGUAAGGAUCUGGAGGAAUGCCUCGACAAUAAUGGAAUCCUAAAGACCAAAAAUGAUGAGAGCAACAACAGUGAAGAGGAAGAUAAUGCUGGAGGAUGCCUCGAAGGCGAAAAAAAGACAGCACUUAUGUGA